UAUUCUCGUCCUUAAUAUUAAUAAGUGCAGAUUUAGAGUAUUCAUAACUACAUUCAUAACUAUAUAGAGAGAUUUAAAAUGGCGAGCGCUGUGUUGUAUAUUAUACUACUGACGCGUGUUAUAGGACUCUCUUUCGCUGCAACAAGCAAUGCAGGGAGCGCCCCCUGCCCUCUACAGACUCUAGAGGUUAAAGAAAUUUAUUUAGUCGAUUGUCCACCAGAACUCGUAAACACCCCUAAUUCUUACGUAUCCCACGGAGUUACGUGUAUGGUGACCUGUAAGUCGUAUUAUUCUGGUAAAACAUGGCGGCAAUGUUUUGAAGGUCAAUGGCAAGGUCCACCCAUAGAAUGUCCAGUAUACGAACAAGAUGAAACUGAAAAAAUGUCACGACGUAAACGUUCUUGCACUUUUGAUAAAUGUCUGCCACCAGAAACCAACUCUGGAAGUGAACCGCAUCUUAAAUGUCCGGGAGAUAUAACUGAGUUUGGGGAUCCUUACCAGACACAUGCUAAAGUUUUCUGGACCGAGCCUACAGCAACUGACGAUAGAGACGGUAUAAUAACACCAAAAAGGCAUGGUCUGGCACCGGGACUUAUCUUUUCUGAAGGAAAGAAUACUGUUGGUUACUCAGCCAGGGACAGAGCAGGAAACAUGGCAACUUGUAAAUUCAUGAUAAAUAUUAUAGUAAUCCGAUGUCCUUCCCCAGAGAGUAUUACAGAUGGUUGGCAAAUUUGUCAUCCUAGCCAGGAUUUUGUUUUAGCCGCAAACUGUCAAGCUGAUUGCUACGGGGGACAUGAUUUAAAUGGUGCCAGCCACUAUAAAUGUCUUCAGUCAAAGCAGUGGUCGGAACCUACACCUAAAUGUGAAAAGAAAAAUUGUGAGUCUUUGAGAGGGUGCCUAAACAAACAUUGUGAUGUUUUGUGCACGGAUGGGAGCCAAUAUCGUAGUGUGUGUACCUAUACUUGUCAUGAAGGAUAUGGCGUGGCUAGUGGAAUGUCCAGGGUACAAGUUUGUCAGGAAGAUGGAACAUGGAGAGGAGGUCGACCGCAGUGCAUAGAUAACAAACCGCCCAAGUUUAGCUAUUGUCCAAGUACAAUCGUAGAAAUCGCUGACAAGGGCAAGAACAGCACCACAGUGUCAUGGCCGAUUCCAAAGGUUGAUGACAACUCGACAGAACAUAUUAGUCCGGUGUUAAUUAAAGGGAAACAACCCGGUUCUACAUUCACGAUUGGUGUUCAUACUAUUGAAUAUAGUGCUAAAGAUGCGGCUAAUAAUAAAGCCAAGACAUGUAAAUUUAAAGUGGUCGUUAAAGAGAUAGUAUGUCAUACAUUAUAUCCACGGGUAUAUCAAACAGUGUCCUGCCCAGAUGGUUAUCGUUAUGGUUCAGAGUGUAUUUUUGGAUGUGAUGAUGGAACAGUAUUCUCUAAAAAGGAUAACUCUACAACAUGCAGAAAAAUAAGAAAAGGAAAUAGACCGGAAUAUGGUGUUUGGUCUUUUGGUAAAUCUCAACCUAUAUGUGAAAUCACUGCCAAUUGUCCAUAUCUGAAGCCUCCUGACAAUGGUGCAAUAGCCUGUAAUAUUUGGUAUGGUGGAAAGUUUUGCCAGUUACAGUGUCAAAAGGGGUAUGAUGUGACUCCUGAAUACACACAGUUUAAACAACUGCUUAUGUGUGGAAAAUCUGGUUGCUGGAAUAACGAUGUUAACUUUCCACAAACAUUACCAAAAGAAUGUAAACACUGCCGCAGAUCCAGUCUUAUUUUGAAAGGACGUUUUUAUUUUGAUGGCGAUUGUAACAGUGAUACUGUCAAAAGUAACAUCCAGAACAAUUUUAUUCACACUUUCAUGGAACAGAUGAUGGCAUGCCAAUAUCCUUCAAAAUGUGUUGAGGCCAAUGUCAAGGUUGAAUGUGGCUCUAAACGAGUCAAAAGAAAAUCCGAGACCAAUGAAGUGCACUCUAAUCUUACUUACGUUGUUUCUGAGACCAAUGACACGUACACUAACAAUACUUACUAUGUUUCUGAGCCUAAUGAAAUGUACACUAACGAUACUAACGUGACCCAUUUACUACACCUUGAUAUAAUUAUACUGGCUUUGGAGAACGACACAAUGGAUGACAUCAACACUAGGACCACUGACGUUGUUAAACGAAUGGUUGAUUUAAAAGAAACAAGUUUUACCGUUGGAGAUGAGGAGAUUACAAUAAAAGAAAUAGAUACGCCCACUUUGAGCGUCGAUUGUUCUGAUGGUUACGUAGCAGCUGAUACUUACUGCACACCUUGUCCUGAAGGCUCUUAUCAUGAUAAAAUCCAAGAUGGGUGUUUAAAAUGUCCUAUUGGCCAGUACCAAGGUGAAGAAGGGCAGAUAUUUUGCAUUCAGUGUCCAGAUGGCAGUACAACGAGAAUAGAAGGCGCUGUUGAUGGUAAUCAGUGUGAAAAUGGCUGUCCUGUGGGUACAUCUUCAGCUAAUGGUAUAGAACCAUGUACACCUUGUGGUAGAGGUCAGUACCAGUCGGACAUUGGUCAACGGUCUUGUAUUCAGUGCCCUGGAUCACAAACAACUGAAACAGAGGGUUCGUCAAAUAUGUCAGAAUGCUUAGAUUUUGAUAUACAGUUUCUGGGCACGGGAAACGACAGUAUCGCUGUUCAGUAUUUAGAAAGUUCAGUGGAAGUAGAAGAUAUUAGUUUAAGUUUUUGGUUUAGCUGUUCAAUAUGUACUAACUUGUUUCAAAUGAAAGAUGAAACGAUGACAUGGUUAGAAAUGAAUAUAACAAAUACAUCAUUAAUCGUCACCUUUGAUCAGCUGGAUUAUAAUCUAAAACUUCCUUCCUUAACCAACAAAUGGCAUCAUGUGAACCUCAUCCUAUCCGAUAAUAGUCUUAAAGUCUGGAAUGAUGGAACUCUGAAAAUAAACGAAGAUAUCAUUGGUAUAACUCAUAAUAUAUCUUCUAUUGAAUUAGGAGGUACUGAAUUCCAGGGAUCAAUCAGCCAAUUCCAAGUGUGGAAUAACUCAAGAGAUAUUGCUGAUCAACCAUCUAAAUGUUUUGGUAAUUUGAGUGGGAACCUGAUAACAUGGAGAGACUUUAUACUUGCUGGAUUUGAUGGUUCAUUUGUUGAUUUACCCAGCACUUGUGAUGAUACCGAUGACUGUCAAUCACAUCCAUGUCAAAAUAAUGCAACGUGUGAAGAUGGACUCAAUGAAGUCACGUGUCACUGUGUCGUGGGAUUUACAGAUGAGUUCUGUGAUGCCAAUAUAAACGACUGUGUCGAUAACGUAUGCUUGAACAACGGCACGUGUAUUGAUGACGUCGAUGAUUAUCAUUGCGGUUGUCCUACUGGUUUUAAAGGGAAGUAUUGUGAAAUUGUUGUUGUUGAUGGAGGUUGGACUGAUUAUAGUACUUGGUCAGUUUGUUCUGCAACUUGUGGUAACGGUACCAGAUACAGGAAACGUGUUUGUAAUGAUCCUAGUCCAGAUAAUGGAGGUCUGGAGUGUGAAGGAAAUAGUACUGAGGUUGAGGAAUGUAUACAACAGGAAUGCAUAUUUUGUGAAGAUAUUGUUGCUCCUGAGAAUGGUUACAUCGAUUGUGACAACUCAACAGAUCAUAUAAUAUGUACAACUGGGUGUAACCAAGAUUACAUGAAUGAUAUACCACCGUUGAAACAAUAUAUAUGUGGACCAUCAACUUUCUAUGAAUGGAAUUAUCAUAGCGUAUAUAAUCCUUACAAACGACUUCCAUAUUGUUCUAAGUUUGAACCAGCAGUUACACUAAGCGUCAUAUUUGGUGGAACCUAUAGCAACUUAAGCUGUGACCAGGAUGAUUUUACAGAAAAGUUUCAAGAACAGUCAAAACAGCAAAUAACAACAUUGCUAUUUAAAUUAGACUGUGUUAAGUCUCAAAUGUGUACUGUGGAUACAGUGAAAGUUUCAAGUUGUGCUAAUAUAGGGGACCGACAGAAGAGGUCACUGGAGGAAAACACAGCUGAAAUUGAAGUUGUUAUUUCUUCCUUAAGUGCAGAUCACAGUGAUAAAAUAAAACAACUUCAAGAAGCGAUUUCUUCGUUAAAUUCAGCCGCGCUUAAAGGAGAAUUUACGGUAGAUGUUUUACAGAAUAUCUAUGAAUUAAACAAUAAUUCUACAGAAAGCCAGGGUAAAGCAGGUUGUCCAGUUGGAAGUUGGCCAUAUGAUGUUUAUUGUGUACCAUGUGGUUUAGGAUCUUAUAUGAAGGAAGAUUAUUGUGAACUGUGUGAAAUUGGUCAGUAUACAGAUUCUGUUGGUCAAACGGGAUGUAAAACAUGUCCUGUUGGUAAAACUACAAGAGGUCUAGGAUCUAGAAAUGAGUCAGAAUGUGAUGUUGAUGUCCCACUCUCCUUUCAAGUCGUACCUGUAACAUCAAUUAUGAGUGUAUCUGUUCUGGUUGUUUUGGUUGUUUUGGUUCUAGUAAUUUUCCUAUUUAACCAUAAAAGCUCAUCCUAUGGAUUACACGGAAGCUCAGAUGAACAGAUACCCAAAACAACUUGCGAUGAAAACAUGUCUUCAGCGCCAUACCUUAUAAAGUACCAAACAUCUUCUGAUUUUUAAUUACCACAAAUAUGCGGACCUUGGGAAAUCUUCCCGCGAAGUUACUUAAAUAACAUUCCCUCACAUAUUGUUUAAAUGUUUUCCGUAUCCGUUAUAUUAAAUCUCUAUGGUCGAUAAUUUAUCUCGAAUACAAACUUUCAUUUAUCUCGAAUAUCACCUUCUAGUUAUAUAGAAUAUAAACUUCUAUUGAUAUCGAAUAUAAACUUCAAUCAGCGGUUAGUUACAAUAUAAUCUGUAUACUGGGUAUUGGUUGAGGGGUUAGAGUAGGGGUGUUAAUCCCUCUACAACACUGUUUUCAUAUGACAAGGUCUGUGAUAUUUGUUUCUUACAAAUACAUUGAAAUUAUACUCUAUCUAUGUACAGUAUUGAAUCUAUGUUAUAUACAUAUUGUGAAUGCUCAUGGACUUUAUGUUUACGGCAAUAAAACAAUACAACAAUACAGUAGAACAAAAUUGUAUUAUGUAAUAUUUGUUUGAUAAGACUAAAGCUGAGUGCACACAUCCACAUUAUAGAUAUCUUUGUUGUUCAAAAUGAUUGUUUUAGAAUUAACAUGGCAGUAGCAAGUCCCCGCAAUCGUUCAUCAUAAUCUUAGAACUUCUCCACAGUUCAGUAUGUCCCAUGAUAUAGUACACGUGUAUCAUUUGUGGUACACAAUUUAUUAAAUAAUAUCCACUAGAUGUUAGCUUCACCUAUUAGAAUGUUUUAAUGGUCUUGCGACUAUAUUUUAUUCAAAGAAAUUGUAUAUUUAUCUAUAUGCGCCUUAACAUGUUUAAUUUAGUUCCAAAUAAACUGAUGGUAAGAUUUCCUUUAUAUAUGACCGAAGAAAUAUGGUCAGUAUUCUUACUGUGCCAGUCUCUAGUAAACGCAUUGACGAAUUUAUUUGGAACUCUAUUAUUUUUAGGCGAGUUUAUAUUUCUUAUUAGUAAUAAGUUAUUAAGGUUUAUAUUUAUAUAUUACGCAUAGUAUGUAAAUUGCUACAAGCUUAUUGAGAAUUACAUCACAUGAUAUAUAUACAGUUUAACACAUAGUUAUGCACAUCCGUUCAAUAUCGAACGUCGCACACACUGUUAAUUCGAACAAUACCAGGCACAAGGCAAAGAUUUACAUGCUCUUUUACUAAACAUAUUAAAUCGUAAUUAUAAUGUAUUUUAAAUCGUAAUUAUAAUAAGCUGUAGUAUCAUUAUUUUAUUCAUUGCAUAUUGUUUAAAUAUUUUGUAUUUUUUAUAUUAUAUUCUUACUGUGCCAAUAGUCUCUAAUAAACGUAUUAAUCUUCA